GGAAAAACCUUUGUUUAUAUGCCUUGUUUUUCUUCCUUCUUUCAAAAUCUAUUACUCUGUUUUCUGCUGGAUCAAUAUUAUUCUGAGGUGGCCCUAUCAAUCUCCACCGAACAGCUUACCUAGGAAAUAUCUAGUUAUCUAUCUCAGCCGGUCACCAACCUGAGUUAAACAUCCGGAUCAUAUCACAGCUUUCCCUCUACAUAACCCGAUUGAUAGGUGCCAAUUGCCAUGCCUGCUCCGCGUCAGGUUUAUUUGCUUCCGUUGAAAGACGAUGGCUCCCCAGAUGUGCCGGGAGGUUAUAUCUAUCUUCCUCCGCCUACCAAUCCCACGUACCUGCUUCGUUUCGUGAUCGAGGGCAGCAGCUCAGUCUGCAGGGAAGGAACGCUGUGGGUGAAUAUCCCGGAGCAUGGGAACCCGUUCAAUCGCACGGCGUUCCGAGGUUUUAGGCUACAUCCCGACUUCAACAAGAAUAUCCAAAUCGAUAUCCCAGUUACUUGUCCUGGAUCUUUCGCGUUUUACACAACCUACUCCCCGCUUCCUGAUUUCUCUGUUUCCCCGACUGAGACGUCCGAAUCGGUAAGAACCUCAACGCAUUAUAUCGAUGUUGCGCCAAGGCUUACGCUUGGUGGUCGUGAUCUCCCACUCAACGCUCUUUCGAUAUUUUCUGUGAUUUCAAAGUUCAUGGGUAGAUAUCCAACGGAUUGGGAGGGUCACUUGAAUGGUAUAAGUCAGCGCAACUACAACAUGGUCCAUUUUACUCCGUUGAUGAAACGCGGAGCAUCGAAUUCCCCAUACAGUAUUUUCGAUCAGCUAAAAUUUGAUGAGGCCUUUUUCCCCAAUGGGGAGAACGAUGUCGCUCAGAUGGUUAGAGAAAUGGAACAGGAUCAUGGGCUCUUGUCGCUGACGGAUGUUGUCUGGAACCACACUGCUAAUAACAGCAAAUGGCUUGAGGAGCACCCCGAGGCUGGAUAUAGUGUCGAGACAGCUCCAUGGCUUGAGGCGGCAUUGGAGUUAGACACUGCUUUGCUGGAAUUUGGACAAGACCUUCAAACCUUAGGUCUCCCAACGGAAUUCAAGACCAUUGACGACCUGAUUGUUGUCAUGAAUGUAAUGCGCGAUCGGGUUAUAGGCGGUCUGAAGUUAUGGGAGUACUACGUCAUUGAUAUUAAGGCAGACGUUGCAAGGAUCAUUGGCAAGUGGAGAAAGUCUCCAGGGGUUGAGUUAAAAAGUGAUCAAUGGUUGCCUUUUGGCCUUGAGAACUUCAAGAACCUGACCCUAAAGGAGCAGGCUAGCUUCGUUCGUGAGCAAGCCAUUCCGACAUCCAAACGGAUACUUGGGAGGUUUACACGAGCAGUCGAUGACCACUUCGGUGAGGCUAUCUUAACUGCUCUUUUCGGUACUGCAGGUUCCAGCGACGAUGAGGUGGAGAACAAGUUCACCGAAUUGCUAAAUGAGGUGAACCUACCUUUUUAUAAAGAGUAUGAUGCAGACGUGUCCGAAAUACUGGAUCAAGUCUUCAAUCGUAUCAAAUACCUAAGAAUUGAUUCUCAUGGACCCAAGCUUGGUCCUGUUACUGAGAAGAGCCCGCUUAUCGAGACUUAUUUCACGAGACUGCCCGUUAAUGAUGUUACCAAACAGCACAAACCGACUGCACUAGCUCUUGUUAAUAAUGGGUGGAUCUGGAAUGCAGACGCGAUGCGUGAUAACGCGGGACCAGAUUCUAAGGCCUAUUUGCGACGUGAAGUCAUCGUGUGGGGUGAUUGUGUGAAGCUUAGAUAUGGAAACUGCCCCAAGGACAGUCCAUUUCUCUGGGAGUUCAUGACUAGAUACACCCGUCUAAUGGCUAAGUAUUUUUCGGGGUUUCGGAUCGACAACUGUCAUUCAACACCCUUAGGGGUCGCAGAGUAUCUGCUAGAUGAGGCACGGAAAGUUCGCCCUAACUUAACAGUUUUUGCUGAGCUGUUUACGGGUUCUGAAGAAGCCGAUUACAUUUUUGUCAAGCGACUAGGUAUCAACGCACUUAUCAGGGAGGCCAUGCAGGCCUGGAGUACUGGUGAACUAAGUCGCCUUGUUCACCGCCAUGGAGGCCGUCCUAUUGGUAGUUUUGACCUUGACUUACCUACCGCAGGGAGUAGCCACGCCAUAGCCUCUGCAAGCACUGAUGGCCGGGAAGAAACUAUAUCUCAUAUACGACCAUGCCCCGUUCAGGCCCUCUUCAUGGACUGUACUCAUGAUAACGAGAUGCCAGCCCAAAAGCGAACAGCGGUAGAUACACUGCCAAAUGCUGCUUUAGUUGCAAUGUGUGCUUCGGCUAUCGGAAGCGUCAUGGGUUAUGAUGAGGUUUAUCCAAAAUUGGUAGAUCUCGUUCAUGAGACACGGUUAUAUUCUUCAGCAUUUUCAGAACCCUCGAAAGUAGAGCUGACUACUGAAGGUGGUAUCGGAAGCAUCAAGAAGCUUCUGAAUGAGCUCCAUACAAUGAUGGGUGUUGACGGAUAUGAUGAGACACAUAUUCACCAUGAUGGUGAAUAUAUCACUGUCCAUAGAGUUCAUCCGAAGACACGAAAGGGCAUUUUCUUGAUAGCACACACUUCUUUCCCAGGCCAGAACGGCACUUCCACUCUGGCACCGACUCAUCUCACUGGUACGAGGGUCAAACAGCUUGGGGCCUGGCUACUGGACGUCGAGGCUGGGGAGGACGCCAAAGCGAGAGUCCUUGCAGAUAAAGAUUAUUUAUGUGGAUUGCCUAGCGCGGUCCGAGAAACGAACACGGUUAAAGUUGAGGAACAUGAGGAUGAUACCACAAUAUCUGUUUUAGACACCUUCGUCGCCGGGUCAAUUGCUCUCUUCGAAACGUCCAUCCCGAAGGCUGAGCAUUCCAUAGGACUGGACUAUUACAUCACCGAAGGUGCAGAUCAGGCAUUCUCAAAACUUAGUUUGCUGGAUCUUAAUUUCGUACUCUAUCGCUGUGAUGCCGAAGAAAGGGAUUCUAGUGAUGGUCAGGAUGGAGUAUAUGCCAUACCCAAUCAUGCGCCUCUGGUCUACGCAGGGCUUCAGGGAUGGUGGAGCGUUCUUGAAACCAUCAUCCGGUACAAUGAACUAGGACAUCCACUCUGCGAUCAUCUUCGGCGAGGCCAGUGGGCCCUUGAUUAUAUUGUGGGGCGGUUGCAGAAGGUGGCCCAAAAGGAUGGAUACGAUGCUCUGAAUGGUCCAGCGACUUGGUUCAGGAGUAAAUUCCAGGCUGUUCGUGACUUACCUAGUUUUCUUCUGCCACGUUAUUUUGCUAUUAUUGUCCAGGUCGCGUACAACGCUGCCUGGAAACGUGGCAUUCGGCUUUUAGGAGAAAACAUACAUAAGGGACAAGAAUUUGUACAUCAGCUGGGCAUGGUCAGCGUUCAACAGACCGGAUAUGUGAAAUCCGCAUCCCUCUGGCCAACCAAAAGUGUUCCAAGCCUUGCAGCUGGCUUGCCUCAUUUUGCUGUGGAUUGGGCAAGAUGCUGGGGUAGAGACGUUUUCAUAUCUCUCCGAGGGUUACUGCUCUGUACUGGACGGUUUGAUGACGCAAAAGAGCAUAUUCUCGCCUUUGCAAGUGUCCUUAAGCAUGGUAUGAUCCCUAACUUGCUGAGCAGUGGAAAGCUUCCUCGUUAUAAUUCUCGAGAUUCUGUAUGGUUCUUCCUGCAGGCUAUUCAGGAUUAUACCAAAAUGGCCCCAAAUGGUAUAGAGCUUCUUAAAGAGAAAGUUCCCAGAAGGUUCCUACCUUAUGAUGAUACAUGGUUUCCAUUCGAUGACCCUCGUGCAUACUCACAGCAUUCGACAAUACUAGAGGUUAUUCAGGAAAUUUUCCAACGGCAUGCUCAAGGACUGUCAUUCCGAGAGUACAACGCUGGCCCGGAUCUCGACAUGCAAAUGAAGCCAGAAGGCUUCCAAAUAGACGUCAAUGUUGACUGGGAAACUGGCUUGAUUUUUGGAGGUAGUCAAUUCAAUUGUGGAACCUGGCAAGACAAGAUGGGGGAGAGUGUUAAAGCUGGGAAUAAAGGAUUCCCAGGUACACCUCGAGACGGCGCGGCCAUUGAAAUCAGUGGGCUUCUCUACAGUGCUUUGACGUGGAUUGAUCAGUUAAACGAACGGGGCCUCUACCCACACAAAGAAGUAGAUCUUGGGGAUAGCAACUCAAUCACAUUCAGAAACUGGGCCGACAAGAUCAAGAGCAAUUUUGAGCGUUGCUAUUAUAUCCCUCUGAGCCCCGAAGAGGACAAUCAGUACGACGUUGAUGCAAAGAUCGUCAACCGCCGUGGUAUUUACAAGGACUUGUAUAAAUCAGGCAAGCCCUACGAGGACUACCAGCUUCGGUCCAAUUUCCCCAUUGCCAUGACAGUGUCGCCGGAUCUAUUCGAUCCAUCCAAAGCGUUGACGGCGCUCGCUCUUGCAGAUUCCGUUGUCUGUGGUCCCAUUGGUAUGGCAACCCUCGACCCGUCCGAUCUUAACUAUCGCCCCAACUAUAACAAUUCAGAGGAUUCCACGGACUUUACCACUUCUAAGGGUAGAAACUAUCACCAGGGGCCUGAAUGGGUCUGGCAGCGAGGGUACUUCCUCCGCGCCUUCUUGCACUUUGAUCUAGCUCGCAGGGAGACGCCAGAGGGACGGACAGAAGCUUAUCAGCAGGUGACUCGUCGCCUAGAAGGGUGCAAGCGGGCUCUCAGAGAAAGUCCUUGGAAGGGCCUCACAGAACUGACGAAUAAGGAUGGUGCGCACUGUUCAGACUCUUCACCCACGCAAGCAUGGUCAGCAGGGUGCUUGCUAGAUCUCUACUAUGAUGCUUCAAGUUAUGCCUUGACUACAGCGUGAAAGCGUGAUAUCACAUUAUAAAGCGGCAUUAUAGAUGGAUAUAUAUAUGUAUACGCAAAGUUUAGAAAUAUUUACAAAAGGAAAAGGCUCUCGUGAUGUUAAGUCUCUGUUCGUCUUUG